CCUCUCGGCGCGUUCCAACAACGCCCGGCCGUCCAUGUGAGCAAAAUGGCGACGCAGGCGGCCGCCGCGCUCCUCGAUGAGCUCAUGGGAAGGUCCAGAAAUGUACUUCCCGAAGAGAGAAAUCAAAAUGUACACUGGGAUUCACCCGAGGUGUGUCGUCACUACCUGGUGAAGUUUUGUCCUCAUGACCUUUUUACAAAUACAAAAUCUGAUCUUGGACCAUGUGACAAGCCUGUCCAUGAUGAGGAAUUAAAAAGGGAAUUUGAAGCUGCCAACUCCUAUCGCCGCACUGCCUUUGAGGAUGAAUUUGUUAGAUAUGCUGAGUCCAUGCUUACAGAAGUAGACAAAAGAAUAAGAAAAGGAAAACAGCGGUUAUCAUUGUCAGUUAAGGAUGCCUUGGCCAGUAGCACAACAGGUGACGGGAGAGUAGAUGAGCAGCUGGAACUCCUCUCUGAAAGAAUUACAGGUUUAGUAAGUGAGGCUGAAAGACUAGGUUCAGAAGGAAAUGUUGAAGAAGCCCAAGGUCUCCUUAAACUCUGUGAUCAACUACGAGAAGAGAGAGACUCGCUGCGCAGAAGUAAUGAAAAUUCUGUAUGGCAUCAGGCUGCGGAGAUGGCAGCAUCACAAGAAAAGCAGAUGGAGGUGUGUGAAGUAUGUGGUGCUUUCCUGAUUGUGGGUGAUGCGCAACAACGAAUUGAUGACCACUUAACAGGAAAGCAGCAUGUAGGUUUUGCAAAGCUACGUCAAGCCAUUCAGGAAAUUAGAGAUAGUCGUGAAAAGGCAAGAGCAGAGAGAGAAAGUCAGAGAGAAAAGGAGAGAGAAGAAAGACGCAAAGCCUUACAAGAAGAAGAAAAGCGUAGAGAGAAAGAAAGAGAAGAGAGGAGGAGAAAAGAUGAAGACCGUAGACGUAGAAGUAGUGACAGAGAUCGAGAUCGUGAGCGUGCAGAGAGAAGUAGGGACAGAGACCGUGACAGAAUGAGGGACCGAGAUUAUCGUGACAGGAGACGAUCACGCAGCCGAGACCGCGAGAGGAGGAGGUCACGCAGCAGAGACAGGGAUUAUAGAAGUUCACAUUCAAAAGACAGAGAUAGGAGAGAGAAAGACCGAGACAGGCAUCACCGUUCGCGAAGUCGCGAGCAUGACAGAAGGAGACACAGGGAAGAAAAUGGCGAUCUGUACCACCGUGAAUACUGAUGAGUGACAGGGCAAUUGUGAAGGAGGAGCCAAGAGGGAGAUGUGGAGAAUAGAGUCCGAUGAGCGGGAAAUGAAGGCUUAACCAGUGAGUGAUCUCCACUUGAGGGUAACAUCUGGCAAGAAAAAAGAAGACCUUUUCAAUAAACUUCAUCAGUUGAGAGCGUCAGCACUUCAGUCGAGCCACAGACGAUGCAUGUUGAGAGAUGCAGAAGUACUGAAGGACACUGCAGCCUCCACUUUGUGUUAGCCAGAGUUGUGAUGCUGUUUAAGGAAGUUCGUUGGUUGUCCGGUCACAUUCCAUCAAGUAUCUCAUCUCUCCACUCUAUUAAGGUGAGAUAUUGUGAAUUGUGUCAAUAAAUGUGUAAAACUUAU